UGCUGGGUCUACUGGCCGCUGUGGAGUACGGGUACAUGCCAUCGCCGCGGACCGGCUUCUACUGCAACGACCCGAAGAUCAACUUUAAGUUCAAUGGCGACACCGUCACCAUCGGGAUCCUCCUCUCUGGGAGCUUCAUCUUCCCACUGCUUGCGCUGUGGUUCGUGGAGGCCGGGCUGACGCACACGCACCGCGGCGGCGGGCUGUGGCGCUCGCUGCGCGCGGCUGUGCGCCCCGCCGCCCGAUGGUACCGCGAGUUCCUCCUGGGGCUGGGCGUCGUCAUGUUCGUGACGGACGCCAUGAAGCUCCUCGUCUCCGAGCCGCGGCCCCACUUCCUCGACACGUGCCGGCCGGACGCGGCGCUCAACUGCUCCUCGCCCAGUCAGUGGAUCGACGACUUCGCGUGCACCAACCAGAGGGACAGCAAGUGGGCCGUGAGGGACUCGAUGAGGUCCUUCCCGUCCGGCCACACCUCCAUCUCGGUGUUCACCGCGCUCUACGUCAUGAUCUACCUCCGCCGGCGGAUGAUGCCCGACGUGACGCUGCUGCUGGUGCCGUGGCUGCAGGGGCUGUUCCUGCUGUGGGCGCUCGUCUGCUCGCUGACCCGCAUCACCGACCACCGACACCACUGGUGGGACGUCAUGGCGGGCUCGGUGGUCGGAGUGGUCAGCGCCUUUUACACCGUCCGCAUGUUCUGCGAGGACUUCUGUCCCCGGCACGAGGACGACGGCGACGACUCCCUGAGCUCGAGCCCCGGCGUGGGGCGAGGUGACGCCAAGGGGCUGCCCACCCGGCCGCUGCUCAACGGCCACGUGCACGCCAAGGACUGCACGUGCCCCUGCGGCCCCGACCUGGACGCGGUGCCCGCCAGGAGACUGCUGUCCUCGUCCUCGUCCUGCGCCAGCUCGCUGACCGCCGCCGAGGAGCGCGAACUGCGCGAGGUGUCCACCACGUCGUGAACGUCGCUGGCGUCACUACGUCCUCCCCAGGGGACGUCGACUGGAUUCCCGCCCCACAGACAGUCAUGUGAAAUCUGAAGGUCCUGCCCCUGAAAGCAGUUACAGAGAUCAUAACGUGGGGUGAAAGGGAAAGGGCAGUGCCACUGGCGAGCCCAGGACCAUGCGUGUAAACCAUGGUGUAACUUAUGGAUGUUUUAAUUCAUCAUAGAAAGACUGCCCAGGUGGCCCAGGUCUGGUUCCGUCAGAAAGGUGGGUACCUGGGUACCUAUGGAUCUUUUGUGUAUUUUUGUACCGAAAGUGUAUUUUUAUUUCAUACUCGGAAAACGGAGCAGACGUUACUGCUGCCUUACUGCUCCUGAUUACUUAGACCGAGGAUGUGAUACUAUGUAGAACUUAGAAAUUUGUGGUUGUGAAUGAAUGCGAUCCACAUUUGCAACUGGUAUUAUUGGCAACAUUUUGUCAGCAAUUCUGUUAUUGUUCAUGAAUGUACAUUUAACUUAACAACUAGUACAGGCGUCGGAGGAACUCCUAUUGUCAGCUGUGUCAGCUACUGCUUUGCUAAAGAACAUAUUAGUUCUUUUCUGCAACAAUUAGUUCUUAGUUCUGCACUGGUUGAGAGACUGAGUAUUUAUUUCAAAUGAAUGACAUGUUCUAUGAUUUUGUUGUGUGGAUUAGAUUGAACAAUGCGGAACUGAAAGGAUCUGUCUCUAGUCACAGAUGCUCAUGGCUUAUUGAAUUUGUUCAUAGAGGAAAUUUGUUUUGGCGGUUGGCUUACCUCCACAAGAAAGCUGGUGUGAACAAGUACCUUUAACUUAUGCCUAGAUGUAGUUGUUUUAAAACUUCAGUAUUAAGUAAGAAAAGGUACCUAAUCCAUCCUUGAUAUGCACAAAUGAAUUCGUUUCAUACAUUUCAUUUUUUAAAGUCCACAUCCAACGAUCCAGGCUAUCAGACUGUAAAUUAUUCUUUUCCUAAAUUUCAGGGACAGAGAACUUGAAGGAUAAUCUGGGAAAGCAGGGUAUAUUUUAGUUCAAUUGACAAAUGAAGAUGCGUAUAUAAUGGUGAAUUACCAACUAUUUAUUUACAAGUCAGCACAGUUACUUUUCCUGUCUCACUUGAGGAGAAAAUAACAAUGGAACACUUAUUUUUCAAUAAAUGAAUGAUGAAAUUUCAAGAAAAUGGA